GAAUAGCCUGGGGGAGGUGAAAGGAACAGAAGAAGGUGUAGAGGUUGCUGCUAACCGUAGACUACUAAUCCAGUCCAUGUCCCUUUUCUCUCCUAGUCGUUCUUUUGUGAAAUAAAGUUUCUAGAGAACUAAUAUCUUGUGAGGAGAACUUGAUAACGGAGAAGAGCCACACCUGAACACAGUGGAUUUGUACUCACCUUGUUACAUAGCAUGUAGGUUAUUUGCCCUCCUUCUGUCUUUCCUGCCAGCGUAGUUACAUCAAAAUGGGUGAAAUCCAAAAGUUUCAAACAUUUCAUCCAUAGACAUCUGAAGCAGAGGGUUUGUUUUCCGUCAUUGAGAAACUAAAGGGAACGACAGAAAAGGAGCUUCGGAUCGUCCUUCUCGGUCUGGAUAACGCUGGGAAAACCACGCUACUGAAACAGCUCGCAUCUGAAGAUGUAAAUACAGUUACACCAACUCAGGGCUUCAACAUUAAGAGUGUAACCUGUCAUGGAAUGAAACUGAACGUCUGGGACAUUGGGGGGCAGAGGAAGAUCCGUUCAUUCUGGAAAAAGUAUCUGGAGAACACAGAUUUGUUGAUCUAUGUCAUCGACAGCGCAGACAAGAAGAGGUUUGAAGAAACGGGCCUGGAGCUCUCAGAACUGAUCGAUGAGGAGAAUCUUAAGGGAGUGCCUGUUCUCAUUUUUGCCAACAAGCAGGAUCUGACCACAGCUUCUCCAACCAGCGAGAUUGCAGAGGGCCUCAACCUGCACACAUACCGGGAUCGAGAGUGGCAGAUCCAGGCCUGUUCAGCUAUUUCAGGUGAAGGAGUUCAGGAUGGAAUGAACUGGAUCAGCAACAAUAUUGUAAAUAAGAAGAAGUAAAUACUUCAAUACUAGUAUUUUGAAUAUAUUUUAUAAGUUAUAUAAAUUAAAUGUAUAAUCACUGAUAUCAGGAAGACUUCUGCUGUUUGAUAUACAGGAUCUGACCAGUGGCUCUAUAUACAGUGGACAAGCUAAAGACAAGCAAAAUGUGGAAAAAGGCUGCGAUAGUUAAAAUGGUAUUCUUCUUCUAUUAUGGAUACUGUUUUUGCAUUCUAGCUGCAUAUAAUGAUACAAACAGAGUUGCAUCCUAGAAACGGAUGAGUCAUGCGUCCAUAUGAGGCAUUCACUGGUGAAAACAAUUUAUAGAUUUGUAGAUAGUUGGUUGUGGAGCGGCGUGUUGGAGGAACAAUCUCAAACAGAGAAGCUUCUUUCCUGACCUGAACUCUUGUUCGCUCAGUUAUAUUUAUAUAUUGUGUGUUCUUGGUCUUCUGUACCUUUUCCAGUAACCUGUGAGCCUCAAUUAUGUCAUUAAAGCAUUUUCUGUCAGUUAACUCUCUGUAUAUCUAUACAAUCAACCAAUAAUGUAGCAAAAAAGAUCAUUUCAUUUAGAGCAAUGUUACAAGAAAUAUCAUAAUAGGGAAAAUAUUAUUGGAAAAACAAGAAUGAUAAUGGAUGAUGUGGAUGAUAAGAGUGGAACCUGUGUGGGUUUUUUUGCUGCUGUAUCAAAUCCACCUUAAAGUUAGAAUUUUGUGCAUUUUUUGAUGCUUUUUUCUCAUCCUGGUUGAACCAAUCUGGCCAUUCCUCCCCUGACCUCUCUGUUCCACCUGCUGAUUGGAUAUUUGUGCUAGUCAGUACAUAUACUAUACUGACAAAGGUAUUGGGACACCUGACUUUUCCAGCCAUAUGUGGUUCUUCCUCAAACUGUUACCACAAAGUUGGAGGCUCAAAUUUGUAUAGUGUGUUUUGGUUUGACAUUAAAUUCCCCCCUGCAUGACAAA